AUGCCAGUUUUAGAAAAUAUUUUGAUCAGCUUAUUACAAUUUGUCAAACACCACAAUUUGGAUACUAAUUUAGGAAUAACUUUAUUUAUUCUGUCAUUAUUGAAUCCUCUAAAAAAAAUUUCUAAAUUAGCUUUAAAUAACUUUGAUGUUAAAGAAUAUAAAAAAUUUAUUAAUAUGCUAGAUGAAUCCGCAGUAAAUGAACAGGAUGUUUCCUCAAUAAAUUUUAUACCAACUUCUACUUUACGAAGUGGAAAAAUGAUGCUUAAAAAUUCAAUUGAAGAUUCUUCGAUGAGGGAAGAUUUUUAUAAUCAACUUAAUAUUGAUGACAAAGAUGAUGAUCAGUCAUCAAUUGAUGAAAAUAAAAUCAGUGAUCAGUCUUCUUAA